CCGUCACACUCCCCACCCACCCAGAUCUCCACUGCGCCGAUCGAUCCGCCCACCCUCUCCCAGCUCCGGCCGCCGGCGAUGGCCGUCUCCGACCUCCUCCCCCUCCCCUUCCCCGUCCCGCCGUACGCCCCGCAAGUCGCCGCGUCGCUGGCGCUCGCGGCGGCCGCGCACUUCCUCCACCUCCCCUCCCUCCUCCUCUACGCCACGCUCGCCUCCCGCCCGCACUUCGCCGGCUUCCACCUCUCCCUGCUCCUCCCGCUCGCGCUCCUCCCGCCCGCGCUCCUCCUCCCGCCGUCCCAGCCGUCCCCGCUCGCGCCGCUCCUCCCGCUCGCCUUCCUCUUCGUCGCGCUCCUCCGCCAGGUCGCGCUCGCCUCGCCGCCGCGCCCGGCGCACCUCGCCGCCUCCCUCGCCGCGCUGCUCGCCGCCACCGUGCUCUCCUCCAGCCCCUUCGCCGGCUCCGUCGCCUCGCUCGCCGCGCUCCCGGCAUGGCGCUUCGCGCGCGCAUUCUGGCUCGGCACCGACCAGCCCCGCACCGGGCUCGCCGUCCUCGCAUCCUCCGCCCCCGCGCGCCUCCUGCUCCACCUCGCCGUCCUCGUCUCCUCCGCCGCCUCCAUCCUGCAGUGCUGCGGCUUCGUGGACGGCCCCGAGCUGGAGGCCAAGCUGCUGGCCGCCGCGGCGGGGCUGCAGCUGCUGGCAUCCAGGGCCGCCGUGCAGAUGUACCUCAACGAGGCCGUCUUCUGCUGGUACCAGCGGCUGCACGCCAACCGCGCGCCGGACACUGAGUACGGCCGCGCCAAGGUGUUCCUGCACAACCACCACCUCUGCGCAGCGGCCACGCAGUUCGUCGCGCCACCGCUGCUCGUGCUGUCGCUGCUGGCACUGUGGUGGGUGCAAGGGAAGGACUUCUUUGAGGGCGUGCAGGGGCUCGACUGGCUUGUCGGGUGGUCCGUCGCCAUGAAGGAGGCGGCAUUGCUUGCGGCCCGUUGGGUGGUGGCGGUGUGGUCGGCGGUGACUGUGGGCACGCUUGUCGGCUACAAGCGUGGAUGGUUGUUCGUCUUGUGACUAAUCAUGUCUCUUAGUUCGUUUGCUGUGUGAUUGGUCCAGAUGGACUUGUAUUUGAUAGAGCCGGAUUCCACGCCGGAUUGCCGGAGUUUUGGUAGGACGACGGCGCAGGUCUUUGUUGUGGGAGCAAUCUGGGAUUGAAACUUUUGAUUUCGUUGAGGCCCUUCUUUACUGGAGAAGCAAUGUAUGAUCAGUUUAUUUUGUUUACACUGUUGGGCAGAGAUAUUUGACAAUCAGAAACUGACUGGUCAGUCACCCUGUUGUACUCUCACUGUAUCCUCUUUCAUAGAUACCAAUGAAUCAUUUCUUUUCUCAGUUGGAGUUGGAGUGAACAUGUAAAUUGUAUCAUCAUACAAAAUCAUCUGAAUGGAAGUGGUUCAGUGUGUAAA